GACAUUUCCUACUGACCACAUAUCAUCGCCGCACUUCCCGCCAUCAUCUAUCUUGCCUCUUCCCUCGUCGACUGAAGAGUGCUCCUUUCAGCCCGUGCAUAUCUCCCCGAACACCGCGCACCGACCAACAGCAUGUGGAUCAUCGACUGGUUCUGGGACGUGCUGGCCCAACUCGGCCUCGCCAACAAACACGCCAAGCUCCUCUUUCUCGGCCUCGACAAUGCCGGCAAGACCACCCUCCUGCACAUGCUCAAGAACGACCGUGUAGCAAUUCUGCAGCCCACUCUCCACCCCACCAGCGAAGAGCUCUCCAUCGGCAACAACCGCUUCACCACCUUCGAUCUCGGCGGGCAUCAGCAGGCCCGGCGAUUGUGGAAGGACUACUUCCCCGAAGUCAGCGGCAUCGUCUUCCUCGUCGACGCCAAAGACCCCGAGCGAUUCGCGGAGAGCAAGGCGGAGUUGGACGCGCUGCUCAGCAUGGAAGAGUUGAAUAAGACUCCCUUUUUGAUUCUGGGCAACAAGAUCGACCAUCCGAACGCCGUGAGCGAGGAUCAGUUGAGGCAUGAGUUGGGCUUGUAUCAGACGACCGGCAAAGGCAAGGUGCCUUUGGAAGGAAUCCGAGCGAUUGAAAUCUUCAUGUGCUCUGUGGUAAUGCGACAAGGCUAUGGCGAGGGGAUCCGCUGGUUGUCACAAUACGUCUAAGAUGGCUUGGUGGCUACGGCGAGACAGAGGGAGGGCGCAGGCUUUCUCGGCCGUGCUGUACCUUCACAGCCGCAGAUUGGCUUACCGGAAACGAGGGCAGGAACCAUGCGCUUGGGCAGUCUAGCGCUGGGCCGUAUAGAUCCGUGCAAGUGCCCGUGCUUUUAAUGCAGCGUUGUUUCAUUGGAUUUCAUGGUCUUUGCCCUCCCUUUGAUCUACUGUGCUCCUC